UGACAACGUCACAUCAUUUCUCAAAGUGAAACCUUCAGGUUUGCCAGAUGCUGGUUGGGGUCUGUUCGCCUGUGACAAUAUCCCAUCCGGCAGCUUUCUAGGCGACUAUUGCGGAAAGUUGGUCUUUGACACGGACUUUGAGUUCAAGAGCGACGAUGGCCGGAUGACCUUGGUGGCAGUGAGCAAAUGUAGUGAUCCGUUCAGAAUCAGGGUGAUUGAUGUUAACGACGAGCAGUUCAUUCUAUUGACGGCAACAGCCCCGAAAAUCUUCUAG